GUGCACCACGAAAUUAACCCCGGUUCACUCCGAUCAUCAUCCAUCCACCACCGAUGGCCCGACGCCGGAGCAGCGGCGGCAUCUCGUCCGCGCUGAGCCUGGGGCUCGCCGUGAUGGCCGUCACAUGGGCGACGUCCACGGCGCAGCAGCAGCAGCAGCAACCGCCGGCCGUGCCAAGCGUGAGCGUGCCGAGCUGCCCGCCGGUGCAGGCCUCGCUGUCGCCGUGCGUGAGCUACUUCAUCGGCAACUCCUCGCCGCCGUCCGACGCGUGCUGCAGCCAGAUGCAGGCCAUGUUCCAGUCGCAGGCGCCCUGCCUCUGCGCCGCCGUGUCCGCCGUGCCCGCCCAGCUCGGGUCCGUGGUCGGCGGCCUGCUCCCCACCGCCUGCAACCUGCCCCCCAACGCCUGCUCCGCCGUGACAGGGACCUCGAGCUCUGCUCCGGCUGGUGGCGCAGCGGCGCCGUCGUCGUCGGGGACACCUACUGAUGCUGCUGCGGCUGCGCCGGUGACCGGUCCGGCUGAUGCGAACCCGGCUGGCACGCCUUCCGGUGGUGGGGUGAAGUCGGUUCCGGGGACGGUAGAUUCGGCUGCCGUUGAGUGCAAGGGGACCUCCGCUGCCGUCGUCGUCCUGGCCAUGGCUGCCUCGUUCCUAGUAGCUGCUUCUGUUUUCUGAUCUCAUUGUGUGAUUCCGGCCGGGGUUUGCUGUGAGCUUAUCUCACGAUUAGAUACUCAGUUUAUCAUUGAUCUGAUCCAGUGCGCAUCAGCGUUGUGACUUCUUUUUUAUUGGUUAUCAUCCCCAAUGCACAUCAGAGUUGUCA